UCAUUCUUUUUCUGCAGCAAAGGAUUGUUCUGAAAAUUGAUAUGAGCGAGAAUGAGAAAGCAAUAAAGAAAGCUAUGAAACUCGCGUCAGGAACAUCAGGUGUGAGAUCUGUAACGAUUCACGGACAGAACGAUCAGUUGGUUGUUGUGGGAGCGGGAAUUGACACCGCCGAGCUAACACGUCUGCUCCGGAAGAAAGUUUGUCCCACCACGUCCAUCGUCACCGUUCAGGCCGCACCGCCUCCGCCGCCCCAGCAGCAGCAGCAGCCACCGCAGUUUCAUCUAAUGGAACAUCACAACGAGAUGGCUCCGGCGAGAAGAUGCAUAUGCGAGAUACCGAAUUCGGGUUUCUGCGGGUUUUGUAGACUACCCUCUUACCAGAUGGUAGCUCUGCCAUAUCCAGCUCCCCUGGUCUACCGUGAAGAAUCUGAUGGUUGCAGAAUCAUGUGAUGUGAAGCAUUCAACUUUGAGUUGAUGAUAUUUGUUUGAGUUUCUUUUUGUUUAUACAAGUUAAGACAUUUUAAAAUUCGUGGUGCUGUAAAUAUUGUGACGUGUGACAAUGGGACUAAAAAAAAGAUUCAUUAA